GGCGGCGGGACCGGCGGGGACGCCCACGCCUCCCAGCGCGGCCCAGGGCCCGGAGCGGCCGGAGCAGCCCGCGCUCGGACCCCGGCCCGGCUCCCGCUCCGGGCUCAGCCGGCGGGCAGCGAGCGCGGCGCGGCCCGGGCCGGGGGGAUGUCUCGGCGGACGCGCGGUGAGGAGCUGGAUGAGCUACACUACCAGGACACAGACUCAGACGUGCCAGAGCAGAGGGAUAGCAAGUGCAAGGUCAAAUGGACCCACGGGGAGGAUGAGCAGUUGAGGACCCUGGUGAGGCAGUUUGGACAGCAAGACUGGAAGUUCCUGGCCAGCCACUUUCCUAAUCGCACUGACCAGCAAUGCCAGUACCGGUGGCUGAGGGUCUUGAAUCCAGAUCUCGUCAAGGGGCCGUGGACCAAAGAGGAAGACGAGAAGGUCAUCGAGCUGGUUAAGAAGUACGGCACGAAGCAGUGGACACUGAUUGCCAAGCACCUGAAGGGCCGGUUGGGAAAGCAGUGCCGCGAGCGCUGGCACAACCACCUCAACCCCGAGGUGAAAAAGUCCUGCUGGACCGAGGAGGAGGACCGCAUCAUCUGUGAGGCCCACAAGGUGCUGGGCAACCGCUGGGCCGAGAUCGCCAAGAUGCUGCCGGGAAGGACAGACAAUGCUGUGAAGAAUCACUGGAAUUCCACCAUCAAAAGGAAGGUGGACACAGGAGGCUUCCUGAGCGAGUCCAAAGACUGCAAGCCCCCCGUGUACCUGCUGCUGGAGCUCGAGGACAAGGAGAGCCAGCCGAGUGCCCACCCCUCGGAAGGCCAGGGAAGUCUUGGGACCAGCUGGUCCCCAGCGCUCCCUGCCAUGAAGGAAGAGGAAAGCAGUGAGGAGGAGGCCACAGCAGCAACCCCUGCUGAGGAGCAGGAAGCUGGCCCUGCAGAGCUGGACGGAGUGUGCACACCAGAGCCCUUAGACAACACCCCCAAGCGUGAAGACCAGGAGGGCUCCUCGCCAGAAAUCGGCCUGCCGUAUAAGUGGGUGGUGGAGGCUGCAAACCUCCUGAUUCCGGCCGAGGGGUCCAGCUUCUCGGAAGCCCUGGACUUGAUCGAGUCGGACCCCGAUGGUUGGUGUGACCUGAGUAAAUUUGACCUCCCCGAGGAGCCGUCCCCAGAGGGCAGCAUCCACAGCAGCCCGGAGCAGCCACAGCCAUCGCAGUGGCCGGCCGCUUCGCCUCGCCAGCCUAUGGCCCCGGGGCCCAGCGUGACCGAGUACCGCCUGGACGGCCACACCAUCUCAGACUUGAGCCGGGGCAGCCGGGGCGAGCUGAUCCCCAUUUCCCCCAGCACCGAAGUGGGGGGCUUGGGCAUUGGCACUCCGCCUUCCGUGCUCAAGCGGCAGAAGAAGAGGCGUGUCGCCCUGUCCCCUGUCACAGAGAACAGCGCCAGUGUGUCCUUCCUGGACUCCUGCAACAGCCUCACCCCCAAGAGCACGCCUGUCAAGACGUUGCCCUUCUCGCCCUCCCAGUUUUUGAACUUCUGGAACAAGCAGGACACACUGGAGCUGGAGAGCCCCUCGCUGACAUCCACCCCCGUGUGCAGCCAGAAGGUGGUGGUCACAACGCCCCUGCACCGGGAUAAGACGCCCCUGCACCAGAAACACACUGCGUUUGUAACCCCAGAUCAGAAGUACUCCAUGGACAACACUCCCCACACACCGACCCCGUUCAAGAACGCUCUGGAGAAGUACGGACCACUGAAGCCCCUGCCCCAGACCCCGCACCUGGAGGAGGACUUGAAGGAGGUGCUGCGCUCCGAGGCCGGCAUCGAGCUCACCAUCGAGGACCAAGUGAGGCCGGAGAAGCAGAAGAGGAAGGCUGGGCUGCGGCGGAGCCCCAUCAAGAAAGUCCGCAAGUCCCUGGCUCUUGACAUCGUGGACGAGGAUGGGAAGCUGAUGAUGUCCUCACUGCCCAAGACUCUGUCCUUGCCAACACAUGUGCCAUCCGGCUCCUCCAGCCUCAUCCUGCCCGGCAUCAGAGGAGACAACAGCCUGCUCAACCAGGGCUUCCUGCAGGCCAAGCCCGAGAAGCUGGCAGCGGCCCAGAAGCCCAGAAGCCACCCACCAGCCCCGGCCCCUGCCCCUAUGACCAGUGCCUGGAAGAUGGUGGCCUGCGGAGGGACCAGGGACCAGCUCUUCAUGCAGGAGAAAGCCCGGCAGCUCCUGGGCCGCUUGAAGCCCAGCCACACGUCUCGGACCCUGAUCUUGUCCUGAGGGGCUCGGCAGUCACGAGCCCACUCUCAUGUUUACAGGGGGCUGGGGGACAGGCUGGUCUGUGAAUUUGAGAACCACACUCAGGUGACCACCUGCAGGGAGCCUUCUGCUGCCAGCCCCUCCCCAGAUCUCUCAGGUGGAGACGCAGGGCCGCCGCUGUCCUGUCCGCAUGCAGCUGUGCCUGCGGCAGUAUCUGGUGCUAACAGAACAAAGUCCUCUUCCCAGGGCCACAGGGAGCCCCACGCUCUGGUUAGGCCUGGCCUCAUCUCAGACCCCUGCUUAGGACCAGGCAUAGCCUGUGUGUUUCUUCUCACCCUGUUGGUGUGUGUUCUUGAAAGAAUAAAAUUGCCUUUUUCCUGCAAUGUGAUGGUGCUACUCUUUCACCACCUUGUGGUCGUUGGUGUGUUUGCAUCAGUAGGUAAAGUGGGCCAUAGCUACUUCUUGAAGGUCUUGGAAGGCCCUUUUUAUCUGAUUUUAAGGCUCCCUCUUCAUCCUCAUUAAGCAGUUGUCUGACCU